AUGCAAGAAGCGAACAUCACGCUGCAGUGUUUCCUCCACUUCAUAGAUUCUCGCAGUUUUGCAUUACAAUCGGCGCAGCCCCCCAAACAUGGAGCCGUUGCUGCCCAAAAACCUCCUGUGGAACCAUCGAACAGAGGAGCAACUGCAUUCAUCACCACAAAUGCACCGCCUGUAUGCAACUUUUGUGCAAAAUCGCCCCAUCCACUUUAUCAAUGUGGCAAAUUCAUUCACAUGUGCAAAAAUUGCCUGAAGCAGCACCUUGGAGAAGUAUGCAGAUCGGGAAAUUGUAGAAAAUGUGGCCUACUGCACCACACGCUUCUGCAUGCCGCAUUUGAGCCAUCAGAUCCUCAACCAAGCCCGUUUACGUCGUAUGCCGUACAUGCCAACAAUGGUCCGGUCGCCCAGUCGCUAAUUUCGGCUCUUGAUCCCACCGCUAAUCUCGACGCGUCAAAUGUUCUCCUCGCGACCGUAGCCAUUAAUGUGUUGGACAAAUAUGGACGACCGCAUGUAUGUCGCGCAGUUCUGGAUUCUGCACCUCAAGUAAGUUUCAUUAGUAAGAGCUUCUGCGACGAACUUGGCCUGGAUCUAAUGGAAGCAGACAUGGAUCUAGACGGAAUUUCAUCCAUGCCUGCACAUGCCGACAAAUACCCGCCACUGUGCAGCGCUCCGCUAUCGAACUUGAAGGUGUCGACGUGCUUGUUGGCUUCCUCUGAUGAUGGUCUUUGCCAACAGCUGCGAAAAUUUUGGGAAAUAGAAGAGUAUGCUGUACCUAAAAUUCACAUCAGUGAGGAGGAAAAGCGCUGCGAGGAGCAUUUCUCAAUGCAUACGGUUCGGAAUAACAGUGGAAAAUUUACCGUUCGUUUGCCAUUUUUGCACCCACCGAGUCAACUUGGCGAUUCGAGACAGAUGGCUGUUAGACGUCUGGAACACAUGGAAAGGAAACUGCACCGGAAUCCACUCCUCAAGCAAGAGUACCAUGCAUUCCUCCGCGAGUAUCUCGAGCUUGGGCACAUGACUAUUUCGGAACAUGCAAAUCCCACAGAGGCCGUCUACUUACCCCACCACUGUGUGAUAAAGGAAGCCAGCUCAACGACGAAAUGCCGCGUUGUAUUUGAUGCUUCUGCGAAAACCACAAGCGGAAAAUCUCUUAACGAUAUUCUCAUGGCUGGUCCAGUCUUGCAAGAUUCGUUGGUGAUCAUUCUUCUACGCUUUCGAAUUCCUACUAUUGUGAUUACCGGCGAUAUCAAGCAAAUGUAUCGAAUGAUUGAAGUGCACCAAGAUGAUCGUGAUUUCCAACGGAUUUUGUGGCGAUGGUCAAGCGACGAGCCGGUGAAGGAAUAUCGGCUAAAUACUGUAACCUACGGAACUAAAAGUGCUUCCUAUUUGGCCACAAAAUGCGUGCAGCAGUUGUUGGAGUCCCACAGACUGAUGUAUACGGAGGCAGUGGAAAAGGCGGAACGGGGCACAUAUGUGGACGACAUUUCAACAGGUGUUGAUUCAGAGGAGGAAGCCAUUCUACUUCGCCAGCAGCUCUCAACAAUUUUAGCUUCUGGUGGUUUUCAUCUCCGAAAGUGGGCGUCAAAUAGUGUAGAAGUCCUCAACGCGAUCCCGGCUGCUGAUCGGGAAAUAAACACAACUAUAGAACUGAACAACACCCGCACCAUCAAGGCCCUCGGCAUCCACUGGCAGCCGUGCAGCGACGAGUUCCUGUUCUCUAACAUACCGAAUCAGAUCUUUCAGCCCACGAAGCGGACCAUGCUAUCGCAAAUCGCCAGUAUCUUUGACCCAUUAGGGCUUCUGGCGCCAAUAGUCAUCAAGGCGAAACUGGUCAUGCAACAGCUCUGGGAACUGAAGAUGGACUGGGAUGAAGCUCCCCCCGGUGAGUUAGUUCAAGUUUGGUUGACAUUCGUGCAAAGCCUUUCCGAUCUUAAUUCCUUACAGGUACCCCGACGAGUGAUCGGCACGCAAGCCGCCUCUCGAGUAUAUCUGCACGGCUUCAGUGAUGCAUCCGAGCGAGCCAUGGGUGCGUGUGUCUACAUUCGUACGAUAGACAACGACGGCAACACAUCAUCACAUCUGCUGUGUGCGAAAUCUAAAUUGGCGCCCAUUGGAAAUGGACGAACAACACUACCUCGGUUGGAGCUGUGUGCCGCAGUGAUCCUGUCCAGACUAAUAGCGAAUGUGAAGGAAGCCCUAACCAUACCCUUUCAUGAAAUACGUGCGUACUCGGACUCAACGGUGGCGCUGGCGUGGAUCGUGGGUGGUGCUUCAAGGUGGAAAACGUUCGUCGCAAAUCGUGUGGCAGAAACAACUACGAAUCAUAUCGACACCCAUAGCAACCCCGCCGAUCUGAUCUCUCGGGGUACUCUACCAGAGCAAACCAUCAACAGCGCUCUCUGGUGGCAUGGCCCGUACUGGAAUGCUUGUCCAAACAUAGAUAAUUCCGCGCCCACGGUCGCUCUUGACGAUAAGCAACAACGACAGGUAGAAAGGGAACAGCGCUCUUCUGCAGUGGCGUAUCUGGUGGUUUACGAAAACGACUUUCUCGACGGGAUGCUGGCCCGAUAUUACCCCAAACUCCAACAUCUUUUACGUAUUACUGCCCGGAUGAUUCGCUUUCGACAUCGCGAGUAUCGAGCCGCCAGGUUAACAGCAUACGAAAUCGACAACGCUAUGCAACUCUAUGUGAAACACGUUCAGAGGUUGCAAUUCGCGAAGGAAAUCAGUCAACUAGAGAAGCAUCAUGAGGUGCAUCACACCAGUCCACUUCGACAGCUGAAACCGUUCCUGGAUGAAGCACAUCUCCUCAGGGUGGGCGGUAGGUUACAGCUGUCAGAUCUCAGCUACGACACGAAGCAUCCGAUCUUGCUGCCCCACCGCUCAAUUCUCACUGCGCUCGUUCUCCACCACGAGCAUAACCAGCUGUUUCAUUGCGGCCCACAAUCGCUAUUGGCAGCUGUACGAAAGCGUUUUUGGAUUAUUAGCGGUACCAGCGCCGCUCGCAAGACUUGCCGAUCCUGCGUCGAGUGUGUACGAGCGAAGCCAAUACCAAUUCAUCAGCUGAUGGGCCAGCUACCAGCAGACCGCCUGAAGCCAGUUCCUCCUUUCUCCAUCACCGGUGUGGAUUACGCUGGGCCAAUCAAUGUUGUCAGUCGUCGAACGCGUGGUGCUGUGGCUACAAAGGGCUAUAUCGCACUAUUCGUCUGCUUCUCAACUCGAGCGGUACAUCUAGAAGCAGUUUCGGAUCUCACUACGUCCGCAUUCAUUGCGGCGUUCACUCGCUUCAGCUGCCGAUAUGGACUGCCGAACAAGAUGUACUCUGACAACGCCACUAAUCUUCGGGGUGCAGCUAGAAAACUUCGUGAGUUAUACCAGCAGAUUAAUUUAAUCGAACAUGAGAACCAAAUAGCAGAUUAUUUUGCGGACGAAGGCAUUGAAUGGUCAUUUAUUCCCGCUCGCUCUCCCCACCACGGUGGACUGUGGGAAGCAGGGGUGAAGGUGGCGAAGAGCUUGCUAAACAAGCUAGGAGGUGAUUCUCGUUUCACGUUCGAAGAGUUAAGUACGGUUCUCUCGCAAGUAGCAGCUUGUAUGAACUUUCGUCCUAGUACCCCAUUGUCGAAUGAUCCCAACGAACCACAACCUCUUACGCCAGCGCACUUUCUCAUCGGUCGGACCUUGAAUGCUGUUCCAGAGAUCAACCAGCUGGAGCGACAGAUCGGAUCUUUGAACAGGUGGCAAUAUCUACAACGAGUCACCCAGGAGUUCAGAGUUCGGUGGCAGAAUGAGUACGUUCUAAUGCUUCAACGUAUGGUAAAAUGGCAGCAUACUACACCGAAUGUUACUGUCGGUGAGUUUGUUCUGCUGAUUGCCGAUAACGAAAAGGCUAAGCAAUGGCCAAUAGGUCGUGUCGUAGACAACUUUCCUGGCCCUGACGGACGCAUUCGAGUAGUGGCCGUUAAAACUACCAACGGUAUUUCACGGCGUGAUGUCAGGAGAAUUCGGAGAAUCCCAUUAGACCAGGACGAAACGGAGCAGAAAUUCCUCGCAGUAAUUUGGUGGGCGGUUUAUGUUACGGCGGAAGUAAAUCUAAACGCCGUUCACGAAAAUCAGCUUGACCUUCAGUCGUCCUAG